AAUAAAAAACAAAAUGGCUGAAAUAUGGACAAAAAUGAGGUAGCUGAAAAAGGAGCAAUUUCACUCCAAAAUAACACCAUGUACAAUACACAAGGUGCACGAAUAUUGACAAGCAACUGUUGAAGAUGAUCAGCACAGCAGCCGGAAACAGAUCUAGGCACCUCAGAUGAUCAGCACAGCAGCCGGAAACAGAACUAGGCACCUCAGAUGAUCAGCACAGCAGCCGGAAACAAAACUAGGCACCUCAGAUGAUCAGCACAGCAGCCAGAAACAGAACUAGGCACCUUAGAUGAUCAGCACAGCAGCCGGAAACAAAACUAGGCACCUCAGACGAUCAGCACAGCAGCCAGAAACAAAACUAGGCACCUCAGAUGAUCAGCACAGCAGCCGGAAACAAAACUAGGCACCUUAGAUGAUCAGCACAGCAGCCAGAAACAGAACUAGGCACCUCAGAUGAUCAGCACAGCAGCCAGAAACAGAACUAGGCACCUCAGAUGAUUGGCACAGCAGCCGUAAACAGAACUAGGCACCUCAGAUGAUUGGCACAGCAGCCAGAAACAGAACUAGGCACCUUAGAAAUUAGAUGAUCAGCACAGCAGCUGGAAACAGAACUACCCACCUUAGAUGAUCAGCACAGCAGCCAGAAACAGAACGUGGCACCUUAGAUGAUCAGCACAGCAGCUGGAAACAGAACUAGGCACCUUAGAUGAUCAGCACAGCAGCCAGAAACAGAACUAGGCACCUCAGAUGAUCAGCACAGCAGCCGGAAACAGAACUAGGCACCUCAGAUGAUCAGCACAGCAGCCAGAAACAGAACGUGGCACCUUAGAUGAUCAGCACAGCAGCUGGAAACAGAACUAGGCACCUUAGAUGAUCAGCACAGCAGCCGAAACAGAACUAGGCAACAAUGCUUUCCAGCAAACUGUUUGGAAGAUGGAACUCCAUUACACUACCUCGUCACCCACUGCCUUUCACGUGCUCCAAAUCAAGCUUGCCGUCGACUGACUGGAAUUAUGGCAAACAACUGUCGCUUGCGCGUGCAUCAACUGGUUUACUUUCAGAGUGACUGUCCAGCAGAUGCUGCCAGUGUGCACAUUCGUCGUCUUACGGAGGACAUAUCUGUUGGACUCGGAGCCUACUUCACCGGAAACUGCAAACUGAACUGCAAAUGUUUCAAGGGUACUCCCAACUUAAUCGUCAGCAGACGCUGCUUCCUGGGUGUCGUCAGGAAGGGCAGAGUUCAAGAUGUGAUGCGCGGACAACUAGACGCAACAUGAGCCUGAUGAGUUCCAUGGUGGAUGCAACAUCCAGCCGAGUCCAGCCCUACCUGAGAUUGAUGAAAUUAGACAGACCAACAGGUACCUGGUUGGUCUACUGGCCGUGUGCUUGAGGCAUCGCUCUAGCAGCAGACCCAGGUCAUCUCCCCAGCCUGUACAUGCUGGGUCUGUGUGGCCUGGCUGCUCUGGUGGUCCGUGGGGCUGCCUAUACCAUCAACGAUAUGUGGGACAGGGACUUUGACAAAGCCGUUGAGCGGACUCACACAAGGCCCAUCGCAUCAGGUGCCAUCAGUCGCAGCCAGGCGUUGGUGUUCCUAGGAGGUCAACUUAGCCUGGCGCUGGGAAUACUGCUCAAUCUAAACCCAUACAGCAUAACUCUUGGAUGCCUUGCCGUUGUACCCAUGGUUCUAUAUCCACUCGCGAAGAGGUUUAGCAACUGGCCACAGAUCUUUCUUGGUGUGACGACCAACUUCAGUGCUCUGAUUGGCUACUCGGCCGUCCAUGGGUCAUGUGACUGGAGUAUUGUUCUGCCGCUGUACGUUUCAUGUAUUGCCUGGACUGUUAUCUAUGAUACCAUUUAUGGACAUCAGGACAAGAAGGAUGACAUGGCCCUCGGCCUGGGCUCCACCUCCAUCCUGAUGGGAGACAACACCAAGUAUUGGUUGACAGGCUUUGGUGCAGCUAUGGUGUCUGGUCUGAUGGUCGUUGGUGCUAUGGCUGAGCAGACUGUGGCAUACUACCUCACUGUGGCACUGACGGCUGCUCAUAUUAGCAACCAGGUCUGGACGGUGGACAUCCACAUUCCCCUAGACUGCUGGACCAAAUUCCGCUCCAACAACAGACUGGGUGCAAUCAUCUUUGCCGGGAUCAUCGCGGGAACCCUGGCAAAAGUUUCAACCAAAGAUUCAGACAGUUCAACCAAAUUGGACAAGGAGGAGGAACAGGCAACUAGCGAAUAGUCAACCAGGAGAUUUGUGUGAUUUUUCUUGCCACUGUUCACAUGACUUCAACUUUUUGGAAGAUCAUCAUCAUCGCAGAUUGUAAAUAUGCUACAACGUAGAGGAUUUUUAUGUUGCAAAGGAGCAACAACCUUUACAACUCAUCCGUCUCAUCUGGUUGGAGUGUGCUACAAUGCAGAGGAUUGCUACGUCACAAAGGAGCUGCAACCUUUACAACUCAUCAGUCUCAUCUGUUUCGAAUGUGCUAUGACGCAGAAGAUUCUUACAUUGCAAAGGAGCUACAAGUUGUGAACUCAACAUCUCAAUCAGCUUGGAAUGUUUUACAAAGCAGAGGAUUGCUACAUUUUGGUACUUUGAAAAAAAUUGACAUGCUUUCAGCAGAACUUCUCAGUCAUCUUCAAAUGUUGGAAGAUCAGCAUCACAGGUUGUGAAUAUGCUACAAUGUAGAGGAUUGUUACGUUGCAAAGGAGCUAUGACUUAUACAACUGAUCACCUCAUCUGGUUGGAAUGUGCUACAACGUAGAGAGGAUUGCUACAUUUAUGUCGCAAACAUGUGACUAGCUGUCAAUCAAACCAUCUCAGUCUUGUUGAGACAACAUUUAGGAUUGUCAUCCCCUCAUCUGGUUGACGAUUGUUACGUUGCAAAAAAGCUACAACCUUUACAACUCAUUACCUCAUCUGGUUGAAAUGUGCUACAACACAACAUUGCAAGGAAGCUACAAGCUUUGAACUCAACUCAAUCUGCCACAUAGGACAUGUUGAAAAAACAAUUUGUGGCAUACUUUUUCUAUUUGCAAACUGUGAUGCAAGGACUUUAAGUCUGCAGAAAAGGACACUUAGUUUGAGAGAACUCUAAAGUGUGGCUGAAAGUGAAAAAAAUCCUUCAACGGGGGACCAUUUGAUGCAAAUCCUUUAAAAAAAUGAACUUGUAACCAGCCCUUCGCAAUAUCAUGUCUACUUCAGACUUAAAAGUUCUGAAACUGAAAGACAGAAAAAUGACAGAAAAAUGCUAACCCGAAAAGGGGUCAACUCUGUCAAUUUUAACCAAAUCCUUUUAAGGCGCCAUAGCGUAGCAAUCCAAAGUGAAGCAAUGAUAGUAUAAGAAUCAACGAUAGCCAAUUGUUUUAUGAAUUAGAUUUUUAACUUUUUCUACAGUACUUGACAAAAGAGGCGCAACAUACCUGGUGUGUAAGGGCUGGUUCCCAAGAGAAAAACUAAUAUUUCUAUAUUUUAAAUCUACGUUUUAUAAGAUAAUAACUGCCUGAGAGGUACAUUUGUAAGUGUGAAUUGGUCAGGUGCAAGAUAAGAUAAUGACAAUGAUUUUUUUGUCCUUAACCUCACCUAAAGCUACAAAAUAGUACUGAGUAGUAACCUGUAGUAUGCAUUUCUUUCCAUACAAGUGUGCACAAACACGUAUUCUGUGGUAUUUGGUCCUUGACCCCCAAAGAGCCCUUAAGACGUUCAGGGUUAUUGAAAACAGUUCAAACACUCCUUUCAGGAAUUUUGUCGAAUUACAAAUUACAACUUUUCAUUGGAUCAGUCAUAGCCUGAUAAACUUCUACAUAGUGGGACCAUCUACAGUGCUAAGUGCAAUAAUGUCACUAUUUUCAAUCCAUUUUACGUGAAGAUAUCGUGCAUUCUUAGCCACUUCCAAACUCAAGAGUCUGCAAACUUCGUAUUUAAAAAGUGAAAUUUUAUUAUUCCUUUCGUUGAUGAGAUAAAAUUAUGUUUUUUAAACUUGUCUUGCACCUGACAUUUUGAGUAUAACCAGCACUGCCAUAUUUGGCCAAACUCUCAUUUUUGUUUACAAUUUUUAUAGAUAUUUUAUGUGACAGUUAAAUUUCUUGAUUCUGAAUUUCUGCCAAUUUUUAACAUAUUUUUAUAAUAGUAGCAUUGAAAACACAAAUGCCUGUUUACAUGUGAUAAAAUCACACAGCUCUGAAAUUAUUUGGUGAAAAUUCCAAAAUGCCAUCAGAAAAAAUAUAUAUCAUGCCCAAAAUUGCUGUAAAGCUACUUUCAAACCAUAUUAUCAAAACCUCAGUAAUUCUGACAUGGUGCUGGUUAUACAAUUUUAAAAAAAAUCGAUGUGACCUGCAACCCACGGAUCAGGAAAACUGCCAAGAAUUCCAUUUAAACUAUUCAUCAAUUAUUUUUCUCAAAACGUGAAAAACCAUUGGCUCUAAACCCUUUCAAAUACACCAACCCUUAUUUCUGAAUCAACUGAAAUUUGAACACAGUGGAACAUCCAAUGGCCUGGCACUUUGAAAGUACUAUAUGCAAUUUACAGAAAGAAAAAAGCAAUAUUUGAAACAUGAAACCCCCAAAAAAAUGCAAACGCAAAAAUCUGAAAUCCGUUCUAAAUCCGUUGUUAAAGGUUGCAGGUUACAUCUUAAUUUUACAAAACAAAACCAAUGUGAAUAACUUUGUUAAUUUUGUAUGUUUUACCACCAGGCACUCUCUCAAAAAUGUAAAUGUUUGGAGCAGCCCAGCUGCACACAGCCCCCCCUCCCCGGUGCGUGCACGUGUGUUCCCCGCCCGCAGGCGCUGACAGGUUGGUGGUCGCCCGCUAUCUGCAUCGACUUGUGCAUCGGCUGUUCGUUGGGUGAUGUGUGCAAAAAGACGUCCCUGAUCUUAUCGUCUGGGUGGAUCGUGGAUGCCUCAGCGGACUGCAACAUGGUAAGGAUCCUGAAAACUUCUUACGAUCGGUUCUUAGUCGGUUCUACAAUGACAGAUGUUCACGAGCACCUCUCCAGUGUUGGCAGACCAAGGAGAACCCUUUUUGCAUCUGUUUUCAAAUCGCCUGCUUUGCAUUUCUGCUUUUGCAGUACGUCAUGUUUUUAUGUAUCCACACAAAUGGAACUUUUCCAACUGGUUACUCAUUGUAACUAUUGGAUAUUUGACAAUCUUGGAUAUUUUUCAAAGUUGUUGGAGUUUAGGAACGAUUGUAUUGAUGCCAUUUAUAUCGAUAACUUCCUCGGUGUAACUCUAAAAUCUCGCUGCUAUUGGUUCCAUGACUUUGUCGAAACUCAUAACAAAAUGUACCGUUCAGGUUGGAAAACUAAAAACAAUUUUAAAUGUGGUUGUGAGCCAAAGUGUAGCCGAAAAGGAGACAUUACGUCUGUGAAUCAAAGGAAUAAACAAACAUGGUGUAAACUUCAUCUAAAAAAAACUGAAAUCUGAAGGAAAAAAAUCAUCCAGUGGUUUUGGUAGCACAUGUGUGAAAAAAAUUCGUAAUAAGAUCAAUAAUAGCCAAGCAUUCACAUCGUGAAAAAAAAAUCAUGCAUUUUACAAGGAAUUCGAAAAGUGAUUAAAAACUGGAAAAACCCAUGAACUAAAGUUUCAUGAAACUUGUUGAAAAAAAAAUUCCCUGACUUGGAGGCAAAAGAACUCUAAACUGAUCAAUGCCAUUUGAGAAAAUUCUCAAGGCAUUUUAUAAAAUACAAAACAAGCAAAAGGCUAAGAAAAAUUUAGCCAUUUAUUUUCCGAAAAGAAAUAAAAUUUUCGUAAAUCCCUGACCACAUUGAUCAACUGUUCAGUUGUAUAGAUCAAUAGUCCUACCAAUCUGACAUCAUCAUUUCAAAAACAAGCAAAAAGAAAAUAGAGAAAAGAAGCAGAAAUCAGGAGAAAGAACUAAAAUGGAAAAAGAAGGAAGCCAAACUUUCCAAUUUGCAUUUGAAGAAUGUUGAUGUGCUUAACAAAUGAGAACCAUGCUGUUAGAUUUCUCAGUGGACGAUGCAUCCAGGCCAUUCACUCAAAUGGAUCGAGGGGGCACAACAUUGUCCUGAAAUUGUCCCUACUUGCAAAACAACAGUGGGAAAAGGGGGAGAAAAACCAGCAAUUUACAAGUCGCAACAGAAAUGACAAAACUGGAAAAAACAUUCCAGAUAUCGAAUGAGUUACUUGUACUUCUAAAAAGAGUGACGUUGUAUGUUGUAAGCUCAUGUAAUGUGAGCCUUAGUCGUGUUACAGUCACUUAAUGUUGUUUGAGCAAAAUGCAGUUUAGAAAAUGCAGAAAAAAUUCUGUUCCAAUUUGCCGCUGUCGCAUGUCCAAAUUGCUGAUCACCUCAAAGCAUUGACAUAAAACUUCCCCAAGAAAAGGAAACAGUAAAGUCAAAUUAAAAAAAAAAAAAACGGGGAAAUUGGGAACAUUGUGUGCCCCUUUACGACUGGGUGAAUGGUCUGGAUAAAAUUUGGUCAAGCAGUCUGCCUGUCAGCGUCCUACACAGAAGCUGUGGCAUCAGGCACGGGGGGGCCGUCCCGCAAACUCAGCUCCGUGGUAAGUUUAAUUGAAGUUCGUAGUGUCAAUUCAUGCACUGAUGUUGAUAUGGUUGUACAAUCCUCUGACUUGUUAAACCCUAGUGUGUAUCUCAUGGCUAGGAGUAGGGCUGUAGUCUGUAUAUUAACUAGGCAGUAAUGUGCAGAUGGUCUUCGGUCUGAGGCAAUACCACAAACUCGGGGAGAGGGGAGGGGUUGCUGAAUUGAUCUUUUGAAUGUUAAUCCACUCAGCGAAAAUGUUUUAUGCUUGUCGUGGUCAUGGACUUCCAACUUUUUUUGAUGUAAAAAGCAAGAGUAAAAAUAGUGAUGGACUAAAAGCUUGAUUAAAAACUGCCACAUCGAGCAGUGACAACAGAUGUCGUUUGUCGGCAAAUCCCAUACUUUUAAAGCAAAGGUGAAGAUUUGGAUCUUUCUUGAUAAGUUAAGCUUUCUAAACUUCUAAAGAGCGAAAAGCUCUCAAAUGUGAGAAUUGUGAACACGGAUAAGAGUUGAAAAAGCUCAAAAGAAAGGAGUGAAGCGGUCACAAUUAAAUACCACGGAAAAAUUCACGAGUGCAUUAUAUUGUCACUUGGAAAUUUUCUCCAGCGAAUGUUGAGGUCAGCAAGAACUGCCCUACAUUUGGGCUAUUUAUAUGCAAAGCCACAAAGAACUCUUGCAAUUAGAAAAAAAUCACCGUCUUGCUUGUAGCCUGACCUUAAAAUUGAUUUGGCCAGCAAGAAAUUUCAGCGAAAGUAAACCCCAUCCCCUCUCCCCGCGUACAAAAUAAGUUACACCACUGACUGAUGAUUCAAACUCCAGUCUGAUUUUUUAAAAUGGGAAAAUCUGAAGUUGGAAAUUAGGGCUUUUAUUGGAAAUUUUUUUGCUUUGAGGAGUCUCGACGGAGGCAUUAUUUAGCAGAAUUUGGUCAUUAAAAUCAAGUUCAGAUUCAAAUUAAUCGCAAGAUUUGUAAAGAAUCCAAAAAAACCCCAUUUCUGAGCUUGCAGUUAAGCAUUUCCUCCUGUGUGAUCAUUUUAGAGGCACAAGUUCACGCAAAUGAUUUCCUGCUUUAAAAAGCUACAAAAGGCAUACCUCCUGUGCUUCAUACACCCCUCAAAACAUUGAGUGGACUCCCCCAUUUGGAAGGAGGAAAAACUAAAUGCAGUGGCUUGCACACUGAGGGAAAAUUACUAGCAGCACAAAAUGGCUGCAAAUUCAAAACUGUGGAAGCAGAUCCUGAAUCUUUGACUAACACAGUUGCCUCUCGUUGCCACUUUCGAUCAUUCAAAAAGUUGAACUUGAGAAGUGCCAGAUACAAAAACCUGCAGUCAAUUGAAAUCCCAAAUCUGCAGGGAAUAAAAAAUCUUGAAUCAAUCUAUCCAGAGUUAGCAUUUUCUUUGGCAGAUAUUGAAUAUUAAUUUCUUGAAGGUUGAAACAAACUUCGUCAACACUUUCUCUCUUGAUUGAAACAAGAGUCAACACUUUCUCCCUCGUUAUUUAGAAACACCUUUCCUGCAAACAAUUUUGAGCUUACAUGUGUUUGCAUGCGAGAAAUUCACUUUACUUUUUGUAUGCCUCGAUCGGGUGACUCACGGGUCAAUUUUUAUAGAAAUUAAAAAACAAGAAAAAGCAAGGAAAAAACUUUGAUGACAUUGAAUGGGUAUUGCCUGAGACUGAAGACCAUCAUGCUCAAACGUUAAAGGCGCAAACAAGUUCGUGCAUGUAGGCACGAAAUACGCUCUAAUAAUUUGGUACUGAAUGUGCACAGACUCAUAGCGUCCGUACAUGAGCGUCGGGCAUUAUCAGGUAUGCAUUCAAAUAUACCUAGUGGUCUCCCCUUCUUAGAUUUCAUAGAAUUGAAAUAGAUAAACUCAUGACAAAUCUUAUCAUAACUAUUAAUUUGGUUGGACGCUGUAGAUUCAUUUCUCCAAAAUGAUGCAUAUUUUAAGCAAUUGCCAUUUAUGCUAAGUGUUACACUCCUAGUGUAGAUCAGUUGACGCUAGCUAGGAACUAGGAAAUGUGCAGAAAUCUACUCGUUGUUUAGCAGACGAUCUGUGUGUCAACUAGUGAAUGUUGGCCAUUCUACACUCUGUUGAAAUUUAAAUGAAUUUUGUUGUAAGGCUUACUCAAGUGAGGGAUGAUUUAACCUGAAGGUGGUAACAUUACAUUGCAUGUAUUAGUACAUGUAGUAAGAGGCACAUGCUACAAGCAGUUGGCGUAUUCUGUCAAAUGUGAAUUCCAGUUUUAAAGUGUCAGCGGUAAAGGUCAAAGUUCAUUGAGGUUUGAUCACAGAGGCAGGCCCUGGGAAAACCAAAUACAUGUUUACAUGUAUUUGUAGUAGUUUGCAUUAUGACAUGUACAUGUCAUGUACAUGUGCAUGUACAUGUACAUGUACACAUGUAACAGUAUUAUCGUCAAAUUUGAUCUUCAAGCUCUAAAGCCUUGCCAAUUUUGGAAAGCUUCUUUGUACUUGGGUAGUAUGUACAUGUACAUGCUAUGUACAUGUACAUGUACAUGCUAUGUACAUGUGCAUGUCAUGUACAUGUGCAUGUACAUGUACAUGUACACAUGUACAUGUACACGUACAUGUAGAAAACAAGUUAUAGCCAGCCCAAUCAAACAAAAAUUUGCCUUGUCUUUGGCUUACAUGAACACGAUAUACAUGUACGUGUACAUGUACAUGUCAUGUUUGUGUACAUUACAAUCAGUUCACGCAAACUCGGAGUUUCUGAGUGCAAAAGUAGUCUAUUUCGUUUUAUAAACAGCUACACAAACUGCCUAAAUGCAUUGCAGCUCCUUUCGGCUAAUACAUGUCACUUUGAGAUCUGAAUUGGAUCAUUGCAGUUCUAGUUGCAGAUCAUUGCAAAGUCUAAGCUAUUUUGUCCGAUUGACAGUCGUCAGGGGUUGAUUUCUCAAGCAGAUUAUCUUUCAAUAAAAGGAGCAGUGCAUCUGUUGGCUAUCAAAAGUAAAAUACUGCUUUUUGGGGGGAAAAGGAAAAUGCUGGAAAUACAAUGUGGUUGUUCUAAGGCUGUGACAAAAUAUCAUGACCAUUUAUUAUGUAGAAAGGAAAGUUAUCAAUAUUGCGUGUUUAACAUUCUGCGUGCUCUCGGCAUUUAUAAAUGGAACACUAAUCACGCUUGAAGCGUAUUACUUAUAAAACAAGAUGGGAAAUUUUGAGGGGCCAGAUUUUUAGUCAUUUUCACUGCACUGACAAACGCAAGACAAUUAUCUGACCCCUUUUAAAAACCGAUCAGACGAAUAUCAAAUUUGUAUGGUGCAGAAAUGAAGCAAGGAAUCUCGGCAAAAACAAGUGUCGGUCCAGAUUUUAAAACUCUUAAUCAUGGUGUUCAAAUCUUGGAAAGUCACAGCCUUAGUUCAUUCCAAACUCAUCGAAAAAUAGCCAGCAAUUUUUGUAGGAUUUUUUUGUACAAUUCUUGUAGGAUUUUCCCAGGGCCUGCUUAGGUUAGCGUAGGAGCAUGUACAUUACCUGCCUUAUGCAGACAAGCCUACUCUACUAAUGCCAUGAGAAUCGUUGGGUUUAGGGAGUAACAUUGAGGAUGUACGACCAUGAAUUGUACAGUGCAUGAUUUGAUGAAAACUUCAAUUAAACUGUAUCACGGAGUAGGGGACAGGCUGACCCGUGCAGCAUUGGAUGGUCACAGUUUCUGUGGAUGCUGACAGGCAGAUUGCUACCACAUCGUCCACUGAGUCACUGAGCAGUAUGGUUCAUCAGAUGGGCACAGGGCGUUUGAAGGAAAAGAGGAAAAAGAAAAUGUUUCCUUAUAUUUGACUUCAGUGAGAGAACUCGACUGAAUAAAAUUGUUGUGGCUUCUAAAACCAACAUGACAGCGUACAUGUACAAAUAUGUUAUUAUAUCACCUACAUGUACCAGUAUACUGCAUUCCUUGUAUGUUUCUGCGAAAGUAUUCAAUAAUGCGUCACGUUACUAGCUGCAUCGCAUCAGUGUUGACAUAUUUUCAGACAGAUUUGAUGAUGGCACAUAGGAACAAAAUAAGCCCUUUCGUAAAACAAAAAGAAUCCUCCAAAAUUAAAGUUGUGGUAAAUUAAGAAAGGCUUCAAUAUCAGGGUUGCAAACUUUUGAAUUUACUCCUUAAAUAACUCCUUAUAUGUUCUGGAAAUCGUUACUGUUGAAACAUUGUAUAAAAGCCUUAACCAAUGUACAUCUGUACAUGUACAAAUGCACUUUUAUAAACCUUCUGGAAAUUUAAUCCAAACAAAUUGUCUAAAUUUCUUUCGGACAAAUUUCUCUAGAUUAACUUAACUUUUCGACUUCUAAGUUUAAAAAGAAAAUCAUGCAACCUAUACAUGUGCUACUGGACCAUUUAUUUCCUUACCAACUUGCACCAUUUUGAGUGAAAAUGUCUUAUUUACUAAAGACGUAAAAAGCCAGAUAUUUCAGAAGUAUCCUCACUUGUUUCUCCUAAGAAAAUAUCGUCGUUAAGAAAUUGCUCACAAAGAAAAUUACAGUAUUCUGUACAUGCUCACGGCCAACAGAAAUCCACUAAACUUUGCAAAGAAAAUGUACUCUAACUUUACGCAUUAUUUGCAAAUAUUAAAACACAACAAGUUUUAGGAGAGUUUGACACUGUAAAUAAACUGUUAUGCUAAACAUUGGAUGCAACAACUUGUAGAGAGAUUUAGGAGUUACAGUUUGGAAGUUAUCGGUGUAAAAGACGUCAGAACAAUUGGUCUUAUCCUUCGACAUGUACUAAAUUAUUGCGAAUGCAAUUAACAAAAUGAAAACCAUUAAAACUUACAUUUGGCUGGAUACAGAAAACAUGAUGCGACUUCAAAACGUUUGAAAUGCAAGGCGGGACAUUUGUGAACGGAUGCAGAGGGGGUCUCGCUAAAAUCUGCCGUUUCUGGAAGUGUUGGUUGCCACGGUAACCAAACGUGACUUCUGUACAUUUGUAGAACGACUCUAACCGAUCAUUUGGAGUUUUCGAGGAUCCUUACUCAUGUUGCAAGUCCACUUGGGUCAUCUGCGAUUUACUUGGACGAUAAGAUUGGGGGCGUUUUUUGUACACAUUGCCCAUCGACGACUGAUCACAAGUUGAUGUAGAUAGUCGGGUGACUGCUGGCCUGUUGGCGUCUGUGGGCGGGGAACACGCGUGCGCGCGCCGGGGAGGGGGGGACUGUGUGUAGUUGGGCUGCUUUUUUUUUG